GUGAAAGACCGGCGCGCUGAGGUGGGUUUGAUGGUUAUGUUUUGGGUAACACCUUUCUCAUCAUCGGCGCUCUGCUCCGACAAACACAAUUCAUUCAUGACUUAAAGUUACUUUCGUUUUAUGUGCUGAUGCUCUUACUGUAACAUAUUUCAUCAUUUCUACUAACAGCACAUCAACUUAGCCAAAUCUCACCUGUUGUUUCACAUCUUCACAUGUAUAUAAAUAAAAUGAAGAUGACAAAACAAAUAGCUGUCUGUUAAAAUAGAACAACCGUUCCAAACUUAUUGUGUUCAUUAUUUAUUACAAAUAUUCUUCCCCAUCAAUCUUACUUUUCCCAUCAUGCAGUGUGAUUACUGACACCAGAAACACAAAAUAAACGUCUGACUAAACAGGCCGAAAAUGCUAAUUAGAAUGCACAGAUAUUGGAAUGGACAAGAACUUCCUCAAAGAAUACAGCACAGGUGAAUCUCUGAGGAUUUUGAAUGUAAACCAGAACAAAUCAUAACAGCAGGUGGAAUCCUGGAACACAGCUUGGCGUUCUCCAGACAUCAACGGAAAAAUCCUAAGACCGUCACCGACUCUACAGAUGGAACACGGCUCUGUCUUUUUGUCGUUGGUUACCAUAUCGCCGACUAGAUCAAACGUACGCAAAGCUCUUCUCGAGUCGACAAUUUGCAGUUCAAGAACGGUUUUAACGAUCGCGAUUUGAGGAAAAAUGUCUCAUCAGAGGCAGAGACACGACAAUGGCAUGGUGAGACCUCAGGGUAGAUGGGGAAAUCAACAAAACCAGCAAGCCAGGUUUCAUCCUCCUCCCGUCCAUUUCUUACACGGAGAAAUCCAAAGGCUGCACUCGCUUUUGGAUGUGGCGAGAGACAGGUGGAGCGCAGAGAACCAAAAGGUGGCGUGUUUGGAGGCAGAGCUGGAAGAGACAAAACUCCAGCUGCAAAAGCAGAAGCGUCUCAAAGAGAUGCACAUCAACAUGGGCAAAGAGACGAAGAGAGAACUCAUGAGAGUGGAGAAGUUCAGGGAUUCGGCGACACUUGACCCUGCCGCCAUCUCUUCCAUCGUGUACGACGAUAUGAAAUACAAGCAGAAGAAGUUGCUGCAAAACGACUUUGUGGAAUUAAAGACGGCCUACAUCCGCGACCAGGAAGCAUUUAAGGCACAAAUCCAGGCGGAGAAAGAGAAAAGCAAUGCCCUCCAAGAAGAACUAGGCGAAAUCAAGACUUCCUACGAGGAGCUUCGCUCUAAAUGUGAGGCUGGUGUUGCUGUGGUGGAGCAGCAGGAUCAACAGCUCCUUGAGAAGCUGAGAGCUGAGAAGGACGGUCUCUAUCGGAAAAUGUCACUGGAGAUCGAACGGCUGCAAGAGAGGGAGAAACAGACGCAGAGCCAACUAGACCAGGCUGAAGUUUCAUACCAAGAACUGAAAAGCAGAGCAAUGCAGGACCUGGAGCUUAUUAAUGACCUGAGAGCUGAGAAGGACGAUCUCUAUCAGAAAAUGUCACUGGAGAUCGCACUGCUGCAAGAGAGGGAGAAACAGACGCAGAGCCAACUAGACCAGGCUGAAGUUUCUUACCAAGAACUGAAAAACAGAGCAAACCAGGAUCUACAGCUUAUCAACGUCCUGAGAGCUGAGAAGGACCAUCUCUAUCGGACAAUCUUAUUGGAGAUCACACAGCUGGUAGAGGAGGGGAAACAGACGCAGAGCCAACUAGAUCAGGCUGAAGUUUAUUACCAAGAACUGAACUCUAAGUAUGAAAAAGAGGUUUCUGCAUUAAAUCAGCAAGCCGAAACAUAUCAGAAGGAGGUAGAUCACGAGAAAAAAGCUAAUUUGGAGAGAGCAAUGAAGGACCUUAUGCUUCUCGACAAUAUGAGAGCUGAGAAGGACCGUCUCCAAGAAAACAUGUCAAAAGAGAUCACAUGCCUGCAAGAGAAGGAGAGAUGUUUGCAGAGCAAGAUGGACGAGAUUAACGUUUUAUACCAGGAACUAAAUUCAAGGUAUGAAACUGAGGUUUCUGCCCUGAAACAGCAAGCAGAAGCCUUCAAGCUGGAGAUUAAAAGUGAGAAGAAAGCUCAUUUGGAGACAGAAAAUAAGAACACGGAGCUCAUCAAGAACCUUAGAGCUGAGAAGGAUGAUCUCCAGCAGAAAUUCACUACAGAGCCGCAGAAAAUGAAAGCUGAAGUCAGAAAGCAAACCGGAGUCAACACUCAGCUCUGUGGGGAGCUUAAAGACGAAAAAGAUCUCACUAACUCGCAAAGGAAAAUCGUUGGGUGUGAAGAACCGAGCCUGCAGAACGAAUCCAUCCCUGAAAUAAAUCUUCCUGAGCCUGCAAGCAUGGAUCCUGAGGAGGUCUCAGAAGAAACCUUAUCAGAGAUCAGUGAACCUGCAGAGAUCAGUGAAUGUACCGAAGUAACUCCCAUGGACAAUAAGACUUUAGAGGAACUGCCCAAGAUAAUUCACCUUGAUCCUGAAAACAUGGAGGAUGCAGGCAAAGGGACAAAAUCAAACCCUUUGAUUCUGGAAAACACUCCGGCACACUCUGGCUGUGAGGAAACCAAAAACAUGGAAGAAGAACAGGAACACAUCUAGUGCACCAAACUAGGAAAAGGUUAUCUUCCUAAGAAAAAAAUAAAAAUAAAAAAUUCAAGUCACAUUUUUUCAUAUUGUGCUUGUUUCUAAAAGCAAAAAAAGGCAAUUUUUUUUUAAAAAUAAUAAUAAUAAUAAAAAAAUUAAGCAAAAACCCCUCAAGGGGAAAUUUUAAAAAUCCAUUCAAAUAGGCGGCACCUCGUGCCUGGAACCGCUUGCAAACUGACCUGAAAAGUCAGCAUGUAAACACUAAAAAGGCUUUACUUUUUUAUAGCAAAAAAAAAAAAAAAAAAAAAAAACAAACACUAAAAUCGCCUGCAUGUGUGUAUGGAUGUGUGUGGAGCGUCUCCUGCAGUAGUGUAGCGGUGCUUGCAGGAAGUGCAUGCUGCUUCCUGCUUGCAGCUCUGCAUUCAGCUGCUGCAGCUGGCUAACCCCUCUCUGUGGGGUGAAAAGAGGAGGCCAGUGUGCUAGUCUCCUGCUGCCAGUACAUAGCCUCUCCAUCGCCUAGACCCCUGCAGUGCCUCCUGGUGGCCACACACUGUAACUGGGUACCUUCCAGUCUCAGGCCUGUAGGGGUGUUGGAGCUACAGUGGACCCUAGAGAUGCGGUGCAAUCCUGGUGUUGCACCCGUCAGCCACUGUCCCAGCUAUGGGCAAAUAGCUUCACUCCUUUAGUCCUUGUCUUGUUAGGCCUCAGUAGUCCAGAUAAGGCAAAGGCUAUGAGAGUACACCUCAGCAGAUGAGGAAUGUACUGGUGGUGGGCCUCAACCGAGAAGGGAGCCAGCAGCCUCACGCAGCCAUGAUGGCAGACUGGUCGUGUUGGGUCUCCCCCAUACCGUCGGUCUUC